UUUGGCGUGUCAGCUGUUUGCCCUGGCUGCAGCCUUCUGGUUUCGUCUCUACCUCAGUCCUAGCCAUGCCAAUCCCCUGGUCAGGCACGCUGUGGCCACACUCCUUGGCAUCGCCUUUCUCAUCUUCUGCUUCGGAUGGUAUCGUUCUGUGAUGCUGUCUGAGACGUGCUCACAUACUAGUCCAUUCACUUUCUCUUACAUGAUGCUGCACUUCUUCGCUUUUCUUCACUAAGUCCAUAACAUGCCUUCACUAGCAAUGUUUUGAGUGAAAACGAACUUAACUGUCUCAACCAUAAUCUGUCUACUUUUUUAACAAGUGGACAGGGCAGAUGUGUAGUGUGCAGGGUCCAGUUCAUGUCCAGUCAAUGUUAGCAGCAUCACAAGGUUAUUUUUAUUUAUAAGCUUAUUUUUUUAAUUAUAGGGGGACAGUGAAGCUGCAGCCAACAAGAAUGCACAGAGAGGAGACAGACAGGAGAAAUGUACUCAGCUCACAUCCUGACAGUAGUGUUUGCAAGCUACCUGAUCAUUGUCCAAGCCGACAUCAACAAUGUACACAGAUACUGCAUGGUGACUGCUAUGGGAUAUUUGACAGCGUGUCAAGUGAGCAGAGUCUUCAUCUUUAACUAUGGGAUACUUUCCACUGACUUCUCUGGGCCUCUGAUGAUAGUAACCCAGAAGAUCACCACACUGGCUUUCCAGCUCCAUGAUGGUAUGUGUAAGAAAUCUGAACAGCUGACCUCAGAGCAGAAGCUUCUGGCUGUAAAUGUGAGGCCUUCUUUCAUUGAGUUCCUGAGUUACAAUCUGAACUUCCUGAGUGUCUUGGUGGGACCUUGCAGUAACUAUAAGGACUACAUAGACUUCAUAGAGGGCAGACACAUAAGCAGGAGGCUCAGGCAGCACUCUGGAGCGUGUAAUGGGCAGAACGGCUAUGAAAAGAUGCCAGUCCCGUCACCUCUGAACGCUGUCUGUCGAAAGCUGCUGGUUUGCUGCGGCUGUAUGAUGUUCUUCCUCAUCGUGACUCGCUCAUUGCCAAUAACGUACAACGUGGACUCCCACUUUGUCAGCCACGCCCCCUUCCUCACCAGGCUCGCAUACGCUUUCUUCUCCAUACAAGCUGCAAGACCCAAAUUCUACUUCGCCUGGACAUUAGCUGAUGCAGUCAACAACGCUGCAGGUUAUGGUUUCUUGGGGCUGGAUGAAAAUGGAAAGCCAUCCUGGGACCUUAUCAGCAACCUCAACAUCUUAGGGAUUGAGACCGCAACCAGCUUCAAGACAUUUAUAGACAACUGGAAUAUUCAAACAGGACUUUGGCUCAAAACGGUGUGUUAUGAGCGAGCCCCUAAGCACCGGCUGGCCUUGACCUUCAUCCUGUCUGCCCUGUGGCACGGUGUUUAUCCAGGGUACUAUUUCACCUUCGUCACUGCCAUCCCCAUCACCAUGGCAGCCCGUGCUAUACGGAAGUCUGUUCGCCACUACUUCCUGGGCUCCAGAGGCUUGAAGCUGGGUUAUGACAUCAUAACCUGGGCAGCCACCCAGCUGGCCAUCUGUUAUACUGUCAUGCCUUUUCUACUUCUUGCAGUAGAGCCCACUUUGGUUUAUUACAGGUCCAUGUACUUCCACGUGCACGUCAUUAGCAUUCUGGCUGCGAUUUUCCUCCAUCAGAAACACAAACCCAGGGAACCCUCUGCCACCACUAAACCGUUUCCCUCCGCCUCUCCCUCCUUCUCGUCUUCGUGCCCAGCCCAGUGCCAGCCUGUUCACUCCAAUAACAAUGACAAAGUAGACUGAACCCCCCCCCCCCCCGCACGUUCUUUUACCAGGCUCUCCAUCCAUGGUGUUCUCUUAAGGACAAGUGAAUAUCCCUGAAGGGCAUUCAGGCGACGUAAAAUAGGCAAACUUUGGUACUAAACUGGUAUUUACUUCUUUGGAACAGGACAGAGUGGAGAGACAGGACGAAAACUUGGUACAAUAUGAUACUGGAUUUCAGCCUAUGGCACUGGAUGCACUUGAGGAGAGCUUUUCUGUCAUAUUGUAAGAUUAAGAUAAUACAUCAAACAUAAGCUCAGCAGGCAGACUGGAAAGAUAAACAUUAGCUAAGGGAACAUCUGUGGCACCAUCACUGCCGCCGCCACCACCACCACCAGAUCGCUAGUUUCCCUUCGCUCCCCCCCCUCACCUGCUCCCCUCCCUCCUCCGCUGUUCCUCCUCCAUGCUCAUCUCAGCACCAGCCCGCCUGCUCCAACAACAAUGCAACAGUGCCAAGAGAGAAAGGAGGCUCACUUUCUGUCCGGUCCUCUAUCAGUGUCGUCCUGCCGACCGGUGGGAUCCAUGCCAGCACAGUGGGAGAGCAGCUCAUAAACAGGGCACAAAUAACAGGACACACACACAUACACACACACACCAACUCAUUCACAAAGAGGCAAGACACAAGGAAACAAAUAUGCACAUACUCUCUGUUAGACACGCUCAUACUUGGUCACAGCCUCAUGGCAUACAAAGGCUGCCCUUGUGUGGCCUCAACAAAAGAGUACACCAAGAGGAGAGAGAGCCCUGGUUUAUAUAUAUGUGUGUGUGUGUGUGUGUGUGUGUGUGUGGGUUUGAGAGAGAGUGAUUGCUACCCUGUGUCCAUGCAGCUUUCAAAUUCUCCAGUGAAACCAUUACUAAUGAAGCCUUUAAAGGCAGAAUGGCAGCUCCUCCUGGUGAGGAGACUUUGAGUAUUCUGCCGAACAAGUAAACACUUUAUUAUAGUCUCUACGGAUAAUCAUGAGCUUCAGUUCAUCAAGGAAAAGCUAACAAAUACUUCAAGAAUGCACAACAAGAAGCAUCUGCUGAUGUUGUUUUGCGUUGCGCAGUUGUAGCACAAUGUAGUGAUGAAAGGUUGAGUUGUAAGAUAAAGAGCAGGAUUUUCAAAAAUUUAAUGUGUGUAGUCAGACUUUGCCCAGGAAGCCUCUUUUUGUGUCUUGGCUGUAGAUAAUUUAAUAGUGGCAUAUUGUUGUUCUAAAUGUGUUAGUAUUUACCAUGUGAACGGUGCUGGAUACCUGUUAUCAUGGUACAGAGCAACUGAACAAAAAGCUGUGGUGUAAAAGGGGAAGAAACACAUUUGAAGUUUGUCUUUUUGGGAGGAAACUGUUGAAACUGUGCACUCUCAAAGAUGGGAAAUAUGAGCACAAAAAAGACAUGAAUCAAAUGUAUGUCUUCUCAGUAGGAGCAGGGUGCUGUGUCUGUUAUGUGCUUCUUUAUGAGAAAGAACACAUUUGAAUGACGAGAUUUACCGGAACUUAUCAGCAGCUGCAGGUUGAUUUAAUGGAGACAUCUGCUGGUUGUCUCUAGUGCACUCUGCUGAAUUAAGUAAUGAAGGGAAGCCAGUUGGGAGUGAUGGAAACUUUCCCACUGCAGAAUCUCCCAGUGCCACUUCAUCCCAUGAGCAGAAAGUACAUUCUUCCACUGGCAAUUACUCUCCAAAAUUCACAAUUUCUUCUCCUCGCUAACUUUUACUUGCACAAUGGAAGCAGAUGAAUCAGAGGUGAUGCUUAUGACCACAGAUGAGGUAAUCAUAAUGAGAGCAAAAAGAUACAUUCACAUUUUAAAAUCAUUGAUUAUUACGUUUGGAUUUGGAUAUCAGAAAGUUAUCACCCCUGAGAGCUUUGGGAGCACUGGGAGGCUUAAAAGUGGUGCAGUGGUGUGGUUAUCAAUGGUGCUAUCUGUUGCAGGCUAGCAUGUUAGCUUUUUAACUACAUUUAUAGGUUGGUUAUAAUUACAUUUGCUGACAAUGCUAACAAGUUGCAUAUUUUUGGUAGUGUGACAGUGCCUGAUGAAGAAACACUGAAACUGUCCCUUUAAAUGCAUUAUAUGGGUUUUGAAACCCCUUUUCAAAAGAAAAGCAGGUACACUUGGAGGUUUUUUGUUUGUUUUUUGUUUUUUUAAUCGGGACAUAUGUGUCACAUAAAAAUGAAGCAUAGAUAUGGAGAACAAAGUUCAAGUUGUGUUGACAUGAGGAGAUUUGAGAAUUAAUGCUGCACAGAAAUUAUUCAAGAUUUUAAAGAAACAGAAAGAGGGAGGGUGUGCACACGAAGCUGCGCUCUCUUUUUUUUCUCUCUCUUUAGUCACUUCUCUGACUAAAUCUUUUUAACUUUUGGAUUAUUUUCUGAGUAAAGAUAGUGAGACUUGAUGUAUGUUGAUUAUUUUUAAUGUUUUCCUGCACAGUGGUACCUCUCGGAGAUAAUGAAGCAUCAGUGACUGCUCUGGGGGGCUGUAGACUCAUUUCCCAUUUCUUUGCAGAAGCCCAUUUUAGGCCUGAACACAAUAGUUAGUCCCCAUGACACUCUCUGUCAAAGAGGUGCUAAAAAGUGAAAAUACUCUCUCUAUGACUUUUCUAUAAUACCAAAUAGUUUUUGUGAGCCCUCUUAAAUUGAAAUGUGUUAUUUUGAUCAAUAACCUGUUCAUGGCACUGUAUGUCUGCGUUUUGCUAAUGUUUUUAAUGUAGGGAAAACGAGGAAAUGACAAUUAUAGUAUGAAUGCAUUGUAAGAAUGAGCAGCUUUUUGAAUGACUGAUAUAUUUUUGUAUGUGUUUUCGCAGAUGUACGUGUGAUCAAAUACAUGCUGACUGUGCAAGAGAAAGUGUUAUAGUUUCUGAUUUCUCCAUUGCACCAUUUUAGUAUUGUUUGUAUAGAGGAAAGAGUGAGUGGUAUAAAACACAUCCAAGUAACAAAGUUUCUGUAAAACACUUUUCAUUUGUUUUUGUUUUCUGAUAUGAAAACCUUUAAGUCAGUACAUAAUUAAAACUAAUGUGGAAUUCA